AUGCAAACAUACAACUCUCCCUCUGCCGACCCGAUCUCCACCCCAAACCUUAAUGUCUCCAAAUCCGCCACCGCAGAAUGGGACCAGACGAUGACCUUCUCCCUGCCCCAGGGCGCCAAGUCCUGCUCCCUGAACUGGGGCGUACCCGCCGAGCGCAACUUCAAGGCCGGGAAUAAUGCCCUGGUGAGAGUGUGGCAGGGCGACAAGGCCGAGGGGGAGAGCAUUGGAGCCGCGGACUUUACGAACUGGCCGGGUGUGGAUGGCCCGCACACGCAUACUGUGGGCAGUGUGCAGUGUGCUGAGGAGUUGGUUUUCCGGUCCCAGUUGGACAAGGAGAGUGAGGUUUUCUUGGAGCAGAAUGCGGAGACUGGGUGGUACGUUGACUACAAGUGUUAG